GAACGAUUGAACUAACGACCGACCGAGUCCAUACCGGAGCUACCGGGAGGCAGUACCGUUACAGAGCGAGUGCCCGUCGCCGCCCCGGAGGAGCCAAACGGAGGAAGGUCCGCUGUGAGCCGCCGUGCUGGAACCAAACGAUGCGAGCGCUGCUCACCGCCGCCCAGUAACAUAAAGUAUCGACGAGUGGAGAACAAGAGAACCGUUACCGUGAUUUAACUUAGCGACAGAAAAAGCACGAGAGAGAGAGACGGAGGAAGGACGGACGGACAGACCACCGAGAAACGCGCGUGAGAAUCAAACUGCGGUGGCUACGUCGUGUUGUUUCCGCGCUGUGGAUCAAACCGAGCGGGUCCCUGAUUUAAAUGCGUUAACGGUGCCGUAUCCGCGGCUUGAGAGCGAGAGAGAGGGAGCUGCCCAGAGAGCGAAAGAGAGAGACAGAAGGAUCGUAGAGGGACAGAAGUCAUAGCACAGGAAAGGAGGAAAUUAACCGAGAAAGGAUUUGCAGCCCAGCGUUGUUUCCACGCACACAAUUCAUUUAAUCCACCGUCUCACUGCCGUUUCUACCGUGGAUCCCGGGCUCGGUAACGCUCUCAAGCUGUGUUCUCUAACCAUGGGAUGUACUCUGAGCGCAGAGGAGAGGGCGGCUCUGGACCGGAGCAAAGCCAUCGAGAAAAACCUCAAGGAGGACGGUCUGACCGCGGCCAAAGAUGUUAAACUGCUGCUGCUCGGGGCUGGAGAGUCAGGGAAAAGCACCAUCGUCAAACAGAUGAAGAUCAUCCAUGAGGACGGUUUCUCUGGCGAUGACGUAAAGCAGUACAAGCCUGUCGUUUACAGCAACACCAUCCAGUCUCUGGCUGCCAUCGUGCGUGCCAUGGAUACGCUGGGCCUGGAGUAUGGAGACAAAGAACGGAAGGCGGAUGCUAAGAUGGUAUGUGAUGUGGUCAGUCGUAUGGAGGACACAGAGCCUUACUCCGCCGAGCUGCUCUCCGCCAUGAUCCGUCUGUGGUCCGACUCAGGCAUCCAGGAGUGUUUCAGCCGCGCCCGAGAGUACCAGCUCAACGAUUCAGCGCAGUACUACCUAGACAGCCUAGAUCGGAUUGGUGCGUCAGACUACCAGCCCACAGAGCAGGACAUCUUGAGGACCCGAGUGAAGACCACAGGCAUCGUCGAGACACACUUUACCUUCAAAAACCUCCACUUCAGGCUGUUUGAUGUGGGAGGUCAGAGGUCGGAAAGGAAGAAGUGGAUCCACUGUUUUGAGGAUGUCACAGCCAUCAUUUUCUGUGUGGCGCUCAGCGGAUACGACCAGGUGCUGCAUGAGGACGAGACCACGAAUCGCAUGCACGAGUCUCUGAUGCUGUUCGACUCGAUCUGCAACAACAAGUUCUUCAUCGACACUUCCAUCAUCCUCUUCCUCAACAAGAAGGAUCUGUUUGCAGAGAAGAUCAAGAAGUCUGCACUCAGCAUCUGCUUUCCUGAAUACACAGGACCCAAUACCUAUGACGACGCAGCAGCUUACAUCCAAGCACAGUUCGAGAGCAAGAAUCGCUCUCCAAAUAAGGAAAUCUACUGUCACAUGACCUGCGCCACGGAUACAGGAAACAUCCAGGUGGUGUUUGACGCCGUGACCGACAUCAUAAUCGCCAACAACCUCCGAGGGUGUGGCUUGUACUGAGCAUGCCCACACACCUCGUGAUGCCCUCCCCCCGUUGUCCCCUCUUCUCUCUCCCCCUGUCCUCCUCCCCCCUCCCUGCUCCCGUUCCUUUGACAUUGCUGUGGAAAUGAUGAUGGUGAUGGUGACGCUGAUGAUGAUGACGCGUAUUAUUUAAAGAAAAAAGAAAGAAAAAUGCAACUAGGUACAUAUUAAUAAUGAGGAUAAUUUAAAAAAAAAAUAGGCAUACGUAUAUAUAAAUAUAUAUAUAUAUAAUGUUUUUAGUUCUUGUCUCUUCUCGCUCCGACUUCUCCUCCUGAUGCUCUUUGGCCUGCUGCCAAGCAAACUAAUUUGUUUUAGUAGAAAACACGAAACCCUACAGCCUUGAAAACUUCUUGAACAAAGUCAAUGAAAGCCUCUGUUCCCUGUUUUCCUCUUUUUCUUUCUCAGCUGUGUCUUUUGUUGUUAACAAAAACAAACCUGUACUUUUUUUUUUGCAGAUUUUUUUUCUAUGAAUAUGACUUCUGUUUUAUUUUUGUUGAUCGUGUGUAUAUUUAUUACGAGUAUCAGUCUGUACACUGAUUUUUAUUCACAUUUUGCCUCACCUUAUUUGUGUAUGAUUUUUUUUUUUUUUUGCCAUAGUAGUGAUUAUGUAAUAACGUUUUUUUUGUUUGUUUGUUUUUUUUGCGGAAAUAUGUGAAAAUGUCAAUAGCACUAAAAAGCACCAGACAGGUCGGCGAAAACCUUAAAAUAUUCUCGGGACCUGCUGAAACUGACACACUGAUUUUAACAUUUGUCUUUUGUUUACAUUAGCCAUGACAUUUGAAGAUGUUGUCAAUUUCCCGUUUGAUUUUGAGUAGCUUGUAUCAUUUUACUCCCCACAAUCUAGUUUUCAUUAACAGGAAGUGAGGCUUCCUGUUUCCCAAUUUUGGCCUUGGGCCAUUAGCCAAUCAUCGGUUAUGGCCGAGCCUGAGAGCCAAUAGGAAAUGUGUCCUAUCAGUGCCAUGUAACAGGUACUGUACUGUAGAUAGCUACGCUUUUAGAAGCAAGUACAUAACAUUAUAACUCUACCUUCCUCACUGUUAUAAUCUCCAGACACACUAACAUUCUCCAUGUAAGGAAACUCACUCCUGGUUUGAUAAUGGUCGAUUAAUUUAUUAAUUUAUUGAUUGAUUGAUCGUCUGUCCUACACAUACCUAUCUUUCUUUCUGGCGCGUUUUAUUACACAACACCACCACCAUGCCUUUACUUCUCUCACCUCCAUCCAUCUCUUUCUUUUAGCAUGGUGCCCUGGUGUCCUGAUUUCUGGGUCAAAGGGCCCCUCCUUACGUUCCAACCCUUCUCACCCCUCCCUCCCGCCUUUUUUCUUCUUCCUUCCAGAGCCCUGACACAGAUAGCAUGAGACAGAUAGCAUUUGUAUAAAGAGACCAGUUCAAUUCAGAAAACUUAAAAAAUAAAAUAAAAAGCUUCACAUAGAUACUGUUGAGAUAAUAAUUUUUAAAAAAAAAUUGUAAUAAAAAUUGCAAAAGAUGAAUAAAAAAGAUGGGGGGAAAAAAUACACAAAAAGAGCCAAGAAGACGGAUAGCAGCAACAGCAGGAGACGGAUGAAUGGUUCCUGACUGGGACAAGGCGGGGUCAAAUUUAAAACAAAAUGUGAGAGGCAAAGUUUUGAAAGGUCACAGCUUGGGAGAAGUGUAGAUUUUGGGUUUCUCGCAGUGACAUCUAGAAUUCAAACCUAUAACCUAUAACAAUUAAUAAAACUGACAACAACAGUCAUGAUGAUCCUGUAAUAUUCUCAAAAGAUACUCUUUCUUGUGCUUUGUAGCUACAAAAUGUUUUUUUUUCUCUAUAUUUCCCUUUUUUUAAAUAAAAAGAUGUUUUGCAAAGGGUUCCAGUUUGACAGCGAGCUGAUCUGGAACCACGACGCUCUCAGACCGACUCUAUGUUGUUGUAAUGCUCUGAACUGUGCCCCACCCCUCUCCCCUUUUACCGUUUUGCCUGUUUCCCUGCAUUAGAACCGUGUCCUCACUUUAGCCUGACUCAGAACGAUUACAUAUAAUAUUAUAACAAUAUCUAUUUUUUAUGAUUUCAGAAAAAAACAAACCACUUUUUUGGGGGAGAGCACGUUUCUCGCUGCGUCCGCUAGUUAGGGACGCCGCAUGUACACACAUCAACGCUGUAUAAAGUCAUGCUCCUUUCUUCUUUCUUCUUCUACUACUUCUUCUCCAUCUCUUUUCAGUUUGACACACACCUUCCAGGUCUACAAUGAAAAGCACAGUUCUCAUGUCACACACACAUACACUUGCUGGCACUCACACACACACAAUAAGUAGAUUUUGAAAUUUGUUAUCUAUUCAUACCUAAUCUAUGUUACCCCUCAUCGAUCUAUCUACCCAUCAAUCUAUAUAGACCUCUCUUUCUUGCCCUCUUGAUUUUUAUUUUUCAAAAAAGAAAACUACUGUGUAUAAUGACACGAUAUACCUGUUUCUUUGGCGUUCUGUUCCUGUUACUUUCAUAUUUUCUUUAUUUUUUACCUCCUCUGUGUUCUCUUCUUUACCCAGUGAAUGCUUUUUUCUGUGCAGCUUAUUUUCUCUUUCUUUCUCUCUUUCCCCUUCUAUUCCUCUUUAGUGAAUGGUUGUUAUUUCAUGUGGGAUGUCCGUGCUGGAAAAACCAAUCGAAUGUAGUGUUUACAUUAAAAAGCCACUGUUUUCAUGACUACAAAAAAGCCAA